UCCAGUAAUGCGCAGUGACAUCACUCGCGAGAAAAUAUACUGACAUCACACGCUAGGAAAAGAUAACACACGAACAGUAAACGUGAUGAAGUGAACACCUCCGAGGUAGAUUUACCAAACUCGCGUUAUUAUGAAUGAAGAUGGUUGUUUGGUGUGUUUCUGGUGACAAGAAGCCUAGAAGGGAGGGUGUCUUAUGGGCGGGUAGUGAUGCCACGGGCGUGUGGGCGUGAUAGGCCUUAUGGUAUGUUAGAAAUCUGUUAUGAUGUCUUCUGGUGACACACCCCUGAAAGCCGCCUUUCGCUGCCUUCCACCCGUCCCAGUGUGAAAAGGACCUGCAUUGUGCAGAAGCCCCCAUUGCUCUCGCGCACCGACAGAGGCCAACGUUGUUGCUAUAGAUGUGAACACACACAGGCCUAGGCGAGAAAAUGCCCGUUGUGUUAGACAGACUACCCUUGCCCAACCUCACGUGGUACACUGGGCUGAGUGUCCUGCUGCUCUCGUGUUCCGUGUACUAUGCCGGGGUACAGGUGGCCCUCAACCCCAACUGGAAGGAGAAACUGCUCGAGAAGAACAAUGUCUCCGAGAAUCAUCAUCAGCAGGAGGAAGGCGAGGUGUCCCUCUACCAUGUCCUCGACCUGGAGGGUGCCUCGCAGGAGAGGGAGAUGACGCCCUACCUCAUCCCAGAGAUCAUCAGCUUCAUGUUCCACGAGCCCCUGUGCAUUUGGACCUUAAUCAAUAUGGCCUACUGCAUACUCAUCCUACUGGGCACCCUAAUCCAGCGCCUUGUCUUCGGGGAGCUCAGGGUGUCUGAGCAACAGCACAUCAAAGACAAGUUCUGGAAUUUCGUGUUCUACAAAUUCAUCUUUGUCUUUGGCGUCAUGAAUGUGCAGGCCAUGGAUGAAGUAGUGCUCUGGUGCUCCUGGUUCAGCGUCCUGGGUUUCCUGCACCUCCUUGCACAACUCUGCAAAGACCGCUUUGAAUAUUUAUCCUUCUCGGCCACAACUCCGCGCAGGACGCAUGUGCGGCUCUUGGGGCUCCUGGGCAUUAUUCUUACCCUGGCAACUUUCUGCCUGUUGAUCUGCGUUGUUGUGGGAUGUCAUUCGGGCAUAAACACGUUUGCUUUCAUGGUGGCGGAGUGUAUACUCUUGAUAGUGAGAACCCUGUAUGUGAUAACCCGGUACAGCAUCUAUUUAUGGGACAUCACCCACGAGGGACUUUGGGAAAAGAGAGGGAGGUAUGUGUACAUGACGGAGCUGGUUUUCGAACUAAGCGAGCUGGUGAUCGACAUGGUGCAUCAUAUCCACAUGUUGGUAUGGGGGAAUAUGUUCCUGACUAUGGCUUCUCUUGUGAUAUGUAUGCAGUUGCGACUCCUCUUCUACCAGCUGCAGCACAAAGUCAAGUCACACAGGAACUACCUUAGGGUGCUCCAGCUCAUGAACAUGUACCCAGAAAUUUCUGGCAUGGACAUUCUGUCGGAGGAGAGCACGUGUGCCAUAUGCUGGGAGCAUCUAGAAACAGGCAGGAGACUACCUUGCACACAUCUUUUCCAUGCCUCUUGCCUGCUGGCAUGGCUGCAUCAAGAUCUUUCAUGUCCAACAUGCAGACACAAAUUGCACAAACCAGAACAGAAUGAAGUUGCUUCUCUGUCUGGAACACUUCUCAAUGGGCUUUUACCUGCUGGAGAGGAGAAUGACCUUCGGGAUGACAGUGGUGUAGGAGACGUUCCUCAUGGCGCUGGAGGUGCAUUCCCUUCUCAUGCUGCCCCUGAGGGCUCACCAGGUACUCCAGGCUGGCGGUAUGUGUCCUGGCUACCUAGCUUCAGUGUAGAGCAGAGCCACACACAAUUACCACGCCAUCACCAGCCCAACUCUCAGCCUGCGUCUACAUCUCAGCUUGACAAUCUUGCUAGACAGGUCCAACAGAUGUUCCCAGAUGUCUCAUAUUCAGAUAUAUUGGAAGAUCUUCAGCACACCCACAGCCUAGAGGUGACAAUUGACAACAUCCUGGAGCAGCGUUUAGUCAACCCUCCGCCUAUGUUUGCGUCACAUGAUGGUCCCAGCCCAGUGUUUGAUGUACAGAAAGAGGAUGAAAAGAGCCACCAGCGAUUGAGUGAGCAGGAAGAGACAAAGGAGGAGGAGGAAGAUUUUGUAGACGCAUCUCCUACUCCCUCACGGCCCCUGAGCCUGCCGGUGCCCUUUGAGUUAGAUGCAGCCACCACAGAGGAUCCAAGUGACACAGAGUCUGAAGGAAGUGGCAUAGGUGUUGGAAUCUCUGGAGCCGGUGGACGGUUUAGCAAAUCACCCCAAGAGCGAGAGCAGAUGCUGGCUCAGCGCAAAACUGAAUUACUGUCACAAGCCCGCCGACGUUUUGUGUCCAAGCCAAAGGGGAUGGUUAAUGGUAUGGAGAAUUCACAAACAGACUGUGAUAGCAUAGCAGACUCCUGAGUGAUGCAGAUACUAUGCAUCAUAGUGUGGAUCUGUAUGGAACUGAGUAGUCAUAAUAUACUUUGUUUGGAGAUGACAUUUUGGCAGAAUUGCACAAAUGUUGUUGCUGAUGAUUAUAUAGUUUGAAUUGGAAGUGAACAGCUAUUGUUCACAAAACUGGUCCACCCUGUAUUUUAGAUGAAUGGAGGAUUAGUUUUGAAUCUUUUCCCUGACUUAAUAUUGUUCUCAAGUAAUACAGAAAGCUUUUGAGUUUCCCUUUUAGCUUCAUACCAUAUUCAAAUGCUGUUUUUUUCUGCUGUAGAAAAUGUCAUUUGCAAAUACUUUUUGUUUAAGAGAUACAAAUUAUCUUGAGUGAUGCAUAAAAUAUCAUGCCAGAUGUAGCACAGACAAAGUAGUUUAAACAGUAUAAUUAACAUGAAAGUGUAAUGUAGAUUUUGGAUAAUGAUUUAGACUCUUAGCAUCUGCUGGAAUAUGCUCAUACCAGUAGUUUCCAGAUUGAGAGUGAUAGGUACCGGUCAAGUUAGUUACAUAUCUAUUCUUGACAAUUUUGCUGUAAUGUGGUUCCUUUAGAUAGAUAGGAAGUUGUAAACUGCCCUGUUUUAGAUAUGAAAAUCCUUGUUAUUGUACUUUUUUUAUUAACAUUUUCUGUGAAAAUGUUUGAAUAACUGUAAGAGUGAAAUGUUUACAAUUUUUUCAUUAUUUUUUUCCCAGUUUGUUAUCAGUUGAUUGAUUGGACAGUCCAGUAUUUGGAGUGUUUUUGCUUGAUUUCAUUAUUUCAAAUGUGAUUCUGAUUAUGAGUUGAAAAACUUUUUAUACUUUUGUGGUUUGGUAGCCAAUGUUUAUAUAAGUGUUUUCUUUGCCAUGCAGAAAUAUAUAGUAAAGGGUAUAAGAUUUAUCUGCAAACCUGAUCUCCUGGGAAGUAUUUGAUUUUAGAACAGAAUAUGGAAAAAUUAUUUUUAGCAUGAAAUGAGAUGUGCUUUAGUAAUUCAUAAAACGUUGGUAAAUAAGAAAACAUUUUUUAUAUUUCUGUGUGCAACAUUAAGUGUAGAUUCUCAAGGUAUCACAAGAAUCAAUAAUUAAUUGCACCAACCCCCUACAAUACUACAACUUUUUUAGAUAAGUUUUCAUAAAUUGAUAUGGUAUGAAUCUGAAAGCAAGAACUCUUUGAAUAUAAACUUCAGGAUUUAUGGAAGAGUGAAUUUUUCAUACGAUUUUUGACAGGAUAUUUUCACAAAAACACAAGAAGCUAAUUACUUGAGCUGGCAUGUUUCGAAGGUGGAAGUAUGCUCAAAUUUACAUGUCCAGAGACUUUAGGCCUAAGGCUUUUUCUGUCCCUGAUGCUUGUGUCUUUUGACCUACUAAGAACUGCACAAAUGUGAAACUAGAUCCAGCCAUAUAUUGCCAGGUACAGGACCGGUACCUCUUGUUGAUGUACACUAAGCUCUGUUAUUUUGAGCUGUCUGUGCAUCUGAAUCAGUGUAAUCCAAUUCUGGAAUCAAAAUAGUUGUGGUGAUUAUCUCAUCUUCAUUAUAGAAGAAGAGAAGAAAUGUUGAUUUGCUGUAUAAUCAUGACAUCGAAUUCUUGUACCCAUGCCAAUUUUGCUAAGAGGAAAGUUUAUCUUUCUUGGCUAGCAGACACUAAUGCUUAUUAGGAAGACAGUGACUAAUCAUGUACUGAUUUUUUUCAGUGUUCACUUGCCAUCUGUCAUUAGGUAUGACCAUUCCAUUAAAGUGAAGAAAUAGAUUUAUUGAUCACUGAUGUCAUGUUAUUGCAUGUUGUCAGUUAUGGAAGAGUUUUAGAUAUGUGAUAGAGAACUUGUGUCUUAUAGUGCAGAAGAAGCUUCAUUUGCUACAUGUUAAACACAGAGCAUGUCAGAGCUGGAUGGUUCUUCUUUUUGUGAAGCCUUUUAAAUCUUGAUAGAUGCACAUCAAUGAUGUAUGCUUAGAUUUCUCGAAAUCAGAUGUGUCUUUUUCAGCUACUUCAUGUACCAUCAGUUUAAAGCUAACUGCAAAAUAUUUAAAAAAGUUACAUGUUUAUUUGUGAAACUGUCUCUUACUCUUGUAAUUUGGAUGCAGUUCACAUGUGCCAUUUACACUGUGACUGUUAGAUAAAGUGUUCGUUCUUCAAGAAAUGCUUGAUAUCAUGUUUUAUGUUUUUAAUGUUCCUGAUACACAAUCAUGAUGUAAAGAGUAAAGUUAUUGGCAUUAGGGUUUUCUUACAGAUGUAUUAAAAUUAUUUUUGUAUUAUUUACUAACUCUGAAGUAAAAGCUUUAAUUACAUUAUGCAGUGUGAUUUGUAUCAGGUUGUAAGAAUCUUGUGUUAUGGAUAGUAUUUGUGCACGAAUAAUUCACACUAUUCUUUUAUCCAAGAUUUAGUAAACAUAAGUAGAGAAGGAAACUUUUAGAUAUAUUUGGUUAUAUUUUAAUUCAGACUUAUAAGGAUUUAUUUCUCAGACAUUCUUUAGAAAUUUAUGACAAAAUGUAGAUAUCAUUAUAUCAUCAAAGCUACAGAUAUAUUCUAUUUAUACUACUAAUGAUAAUGGAGAGAGACAUUUACUAUCUAAAUAUGCACAGCAAAUACAUUUCAGUUGUUGAAUUACUGUUUAUUUCAAGUUAGUGUGUCAUAGUGAAGCAGGAUAUUUAUGUUUUGUACAUGUGAAAUUUACACAUUAUUGUCCUUUUUUUGUUUUUUUACAAUUUUGAAAAUUGUAUUCUUUCUAUUGCUUAAAUGUUAGGAGAGGAAUUGAUUUAACUUUGAUUAUUUGCAUCACUGCUCAAAGAAUUUGGUAAUAGAUAUUAAUGUUUUAAGUUUCAACAUUAUAUUUUCAUAUGCAGCAUUAUAUUUUCAUAGUUCCUCAAAGGGUUAAUAGAGUUCAUUUGCACAGAUAAUUUACUGCUAAAUGCCAAAUAUUGACUUAAUCUCUUUUUUUUUUCUAGUCAAAAUCCUAUCCUUAAACAAAUACCUUUAUUUCAUUGUGACCUGUAGAAAAUAGGAAUGUCCAUAAAAGCAUACAGUAAUAUAAAAAUGUGUGCUGUAAACUCCUGGUUGAGAUGAAAACCUCCAAAUGAUGGACACCAUAUUUACAUAUUUUUUGACAUUGUGUUUAUCAGCUUUUUAUAUAUUUCACCCCCAAUGUCUAAGACACACCCUGAAGCCAAAAUCACAUUGACCAUUUACUUGGACUACCACAUACCCUUGUUACUACUCCUGAUUGUUAUCACUACCACUUCAGUAUAGGUAAUCGUCUCCUUGCAGUAAAUUAUCACCAUGAGAGGUAUUGUUAGUUGAAUAGCAGACUUGAUAUAUUUGGUGCAAUCAAUGAUGCAUUUCAUGAAUCGCUUUAAGUCAAUCUUGUAAACUUUCUUUGAUUCUCUGCCUUGCUCAAAAGUAAAUAAAGUAUAAACUUAAAUCACAUAAAAUGAGACCAAGAUAUAAUACCAAAAGACAGGAAAUUAAGCAUAUAAGACACAGUAUGUGGAGCCAUAUGUUACAAGGUUAUUUGGCAAAUUGCAGACUAUAAGGUCAUGUUAAGUUUAGGAACUGCCAUUUUAUUUAUUAAUCUAUGACUGGAUGAUCUAUGUGUAAGGAAGCCUUGCUGAUUCUCAAAAUUCUAUGCACUUAUUAAUUAAAGUGUUAUAUCUGAAAUUCUGUGUUAAGUGCAAAUAUAAAAUCAUAGUGUGGAUUCUGUUAACACUAUUACAAGCACUGCUGAAUUUUCAUUAUACACAUACUAUGAUAAUUUUUUGUUGAUCUAGUACAUUUGAUUGUUUUGAAGUGCAAUUUUCAGGAGGUGUUUUGACUAAGACCAGGCUGUUUUUGCUAAUUUGUAGCUUAAAAGCAAGGGAAUAUAGUACAUUCUCUAGUGCAUUGGCCUUUAUUAAUAGAAAUUCAGUACAUUCAUUUAAUUGUUCCUUUUCAGCAUGUAACACAGUUGGAAAGUAUUUUUUUUUAUACCAAGUUUCAAUAUUUUUUUAGUUAGAAGAAACUAAGAGGAAAAAGUUUGUUUUCCAGAUAUGUUAUCUAAUUUUCACAGUUUCAUAAAAUGCUUUAUAAACCAAGUGAAGUAGUACAUUUUUUGUUUUAUAUAUAUAUACUAAAGUAUUACUGAAAAAUGAUGUCUAGCACAUUUAUAUGUUUUAACUAUUAACCAUUAACCAUUACAGCUAAAUGUAAAUCGGUUUUUUUUAUUCAUAUAUUUAUUAUUUCUAUAAAAGGACUUCAUAUUUUUAUGUAAUAAGGAGAAGGGGGGAAACCUUUGUUGUUACCGCAUGAGAAAACUGUUAGAAGAAACUGGUACCUGAAUUGUAUAACUGAUGCAGGAAUAAGGAAUGUAGUAAGCAUUCAUAUAAGUAAGUGUAUUGCUAGCCAUAAAAUAUUGCACACAUAAUAAAUACUUUGCUAUUCCUUCAGAUAGUAUUUAGUUGUUACUACUAAUCCUGGUGAUGCUUCAUUUUCCAGGAAUAAAUGUUUUUUGGUGACUGAACAGAUAGAUAUAGAAGUCUCUAUCUUUGAGAUAUUGUAGCCUUAAAGGCUUGGUUUUAAAUGGAAAUUUUUUAACUUGCUCUAGAAAUUGCAUUUUAUUAUCAUUCAAAGUACUUUUUCUCCCAACAAAAUAUAAUUUUUUAUUAAGAAGUCAAAGGUCUCUGUAGCUUACCUUUAUGUGUUGUAAUUCACUUUGAUUGGUGUUUUAACACAUAUAUAUGUGCAGUACAUAUUUGAUGAUGGUAUUUUGUUUCCAGCUAAUCAUCAAAAAAAUUGAAAAAAUAAAGAAAAAUUCCUAAUCAAGGCAUUGUUUUGUUACAUGACAAUGUUCAUAUAUAAAUAAGUUCAUAUGUACUCCAUUUGUGAUUAAACUUUUCUGUAAAUAAAAUCUUGUGUUUGUA